CUUCAACUUGCUAUACAAGCAACCAUGGCCGCUAAAAUACUAAACACCGCUUGCUCUAAUGGUGAUAUGGACAGAGUCCAGGACUUACUCAAUUCUGAUUGGAAGCCAUCGCAAGAUGAACUUGAUACGGCGCUUCAAAAGGCUACCUGGGGAGGCUAUGCCACAAUCGCAGCGUUACUUCUCUCAAAGGGGGCACGAAUUACCAGCCUUGCCUUCAGCGGCGCUGCUUACAAUAAGGACCCUACCAUCUUUCAAGAAUUUCUCAACUAUGGCUGGGAUAUUAACUCAACUGAGUUUGGAGAUCCGGCAUUAAGACUUGUAGUAGAUGACGAGAUUUGUGUUCGUUGGUUCUUGGAGCACGGUGCUGAUCCUAAUCAACAGAAUGAUAAAGGCAUGACACCUCUUGCCACUGCAGCGCUUCGGCCCUCAAUUAAUAUUCUAGAGCUUCUUAUCAUUCAUGGCGCAAAACUGGACCCACAGGCUUUAUUAAAUGCUAUCAGCCGUCGUGGCAAUGGCGGAGUUCCGGUCAUGAGAUACUUGAUUGAUCAGGGCAUAGACAUUAACGCACCUUCGCGACAAUACUGCUCACCUCUCCAUUAUGCUGUUUCUGUGGCAGGCGUGGAUCGAGUCCAAAUCCUGUUAGAUAAGGGAGCGGACCGGUCAAUUAGAAAUAUCUUGGGUGAAACGCCGGCCGAGAUGGCAAAAUCGAGAAUGGCUCAGUCGGAAGAAGCGAUGAAGGUAUAUGAAAUACUUUCAAAAUAGUACUAUUGUUUGCCUUUCAUAGUGUGUGGAAUGAUUUUUAUUUUAUUUGUUUUAUAAAUUAUAUGGGCUGUCUCUACAGGUGAGGCCAAACUUAACACUUGAUAGGAUCAUUAAAUGAGAAUACAAAGCGUGGAAACGGA